GGCUCCUCAACAUCUACCAAAGGAGACUGAGCAGACCAAGAAGGAAAAUGAGCCUCUAGCCCAGCCCUCUCUCAACCCACCUUCUGAGGGCCCUGACCCCAUCAACACAUACAAAUGGAAAACUGGAUCUAAAGGGGCCCACGAUGAGGCGAAAGAAGAAGGAAAGGGGGCGGUGAGUUCAACGACAACACCGACAGAUAAGGCUCAGAAGAACCACACCGCCAAAUGGGGUAUGAUGAACUGGCGCAAGGCCUUGAGCGAAGACCCCGAAAGCAAGCACUCAUCCAUGGGGAAAGCUGGAGAAUCCAUCAAGCCAGAGAAGGCCACGGGACCCCGGAAGAAGCCCUUCAGAAGAGCCGUAUCCGAGCCUCCUGGCUCUAUGUCCCUGACCCUGUCCUCCUCCUCCUCCAAUGCGGCCAAUUCAUCCACAGCUGCAGCCAGUGCGGACACCUCAGGGCUCUCUACUACAGAGCCCGCAAUGAAGGGCAGCGGAGGAGCACUUUUCAAAAAGUAUCUCAGGAGCGUGUCACAGAAGCUCAAGAGGCCAAGGCUGCCGAGCCGCAGCGAAGGUCUAACGUCAGAUGGGACCAAGAAUGAUCCUGCAUCAGGAGCGCCCGCCGAGCUAUCGAGGCUGCAGUGGGCCUCGCCCCAAGAAGUCCCCAUAUGGGACAUCAUCAACUGUGUCCUCGAAAACGGACAGAUCCUCAUCUCCCAAGAAGAAGAGCCUGUGAUGUGGACCCGAGUCAGCAGCUGCUCCUCCCACCUCAGCAUGCAGAGCCUUGCAGAUAUCAACACGGAAUGCAGCCCGGACCACGCGGCCCAGGCCGGUGGCCCACGACUGAAGAGCCAAGAUGGCGGCGUGAGGGCGAUGAUCCGACGACGUCUGGAGUGUAAGGCAGGGAAGAGGAGCAGCACCACCAAAAUAGACACCAUCGGACUGGGGAAAGGAAACAGUCCACUUUUCAGGCACUAUGGGUCCCGGGAGUCUGUGUCGAUUCCAGUCAGCGCUGCAGGUAGUCUGGAUCUGAGCGCAGACACCAACACUGUCAUCAGACCGGUCCACAGCUCUAUUCUGGGAGAGAAGUACUGCUUUGAGGUGAUAAACUCUCACAAUAUUCACUGCUUUGGCUGUACAUCCAAUGCCGAGCGAGACCGCUGGAUCGAGGACCUGAGGCGGGCUGCCCAGCCCAAUAAGGAUAACAUUGAACGCACAGAAAACUCCAUCAGUCUUUGGGUGAACGAAGCCAAAGACCUGGCAGCCAAACGGCGUUACUACUGUGAAAUACACCUGGAUGGGACCUUGUUCGCUCGCACCAGCAGCCGAGCCGUCGGCAAGUCCUCUCACCGCUCCAGCCUGGCAGGAGACGGCUCGGCUGGGGCUGCGGGAGGCCUAGGGGGCAAUGGAGGUCUGGCCGGAGGCUGCCAGUUAUUCUGGGGGGAGUUCUUCGAGCUGGACAACCUACCCUCGGUCUCCCAAAUCACCCUCCACCUCUUUCGCGACGAGGAUCCCAAGAAGCGUUACUCGCGAGACGAUUCCAGCCUGCAUCCCCUGGGCAGUGUGACCAUCCCCUUGGCCGAGAUACGCGGGAGAGCGUACCAGGAGAAGUGGCAUCCCAUCGUUCCUUACAAGGUGUCCGGCACCGGGAACAAGGAAACGCUGGGGCCCCAGGCCUCGCUCCGCAUCAAAGCCCGCUUCCAGAACCUCCAAGUGCUGCCUAUGGAGAAAUACAAAGAGUUUGCCGAGUUUGUGACGCUGGACUACGUGAAGAUGUGUCGGCGUCUGGAGCCACUGCUGAAUGUGAGGGAAAAGGAGGAGCUGGCAGGAGCACUGGUCCACGUGCUGCAGAGCAUCGGCAAAGCUAAGGAGUUCCUGGUUGCUCUGGGCAGUGCGGAGGUGGAACGUCUCGGGGGCAAGGAGGCACUGAUCUUCAGAGAGAACACACUGGCCACUAAAGCCAUAGACGAAUACAUGAAGCUGGUCGGCCAAAAGUACCUCAUUGAAACACUCGGGCAAUUCAUCACCCGCUUAAGUGACUUUGCAGAAAGCUGUGAGGUCGACCCUCGUAAAUGCCCUGCCUCGGAGCUGUCCAACAACCAGAAGCAACUGAGGGAGGGCUGUGAGGAGGUGGUGCUGAAGAUCAUAAAUAGUCAUGGAUCAUUCCCUGAGGAGUUAAACAAGAUCUUCUCCAGCUGGGUGGAGCUUUGCGAGGACCAGGGCAGGCCGGAGAUCGGCAAGCGUCUCAUCUCAGCUUCCCUCUUCCUUCGCUUCUUGUGUCCUGCCAUCCUGAGCCCUUCCCUGUUCGGUCUGACACAGCCUUACCCCGAGCCAGCGACCCUGCGUACCCUAACUUUGACCGCCAAAGUCAUCCAGAACCUGGCCAACUUCACCCUGUUUGGAGAAAAGGAGGAGUACAUGCUCUUUAUGAACGACUUCUUGCAGCAACACUGGGAGGGGAUGACGGGCUUCCUACAGGCGGUGUCCAACCCAGACACCCAGAUCCCAAUGGGCUCCUUUGACGGCUACGUUGACCUUCCGCUGCGCUUGGCGGUGCUCCAUGGUCUGUUGGUGGACAUCAUUUCUCUGAGGGAACAGGAUACAAUAGACAAGCUCUACCCUCUGCCCUCCAUUCUGAAUCAGAUAACAGAAUCCCUGGGACCUGAUGCCCCACGGAUCACAGUUGGCAGUUAUGUAGGGCAAAAUAAGCCGACAUAUGUACCUCCAAAAGAUGUGGGAAAGUACAGCCCUCACAAGUCAUCUCUCCAGCAGAUUCCCUUGGAGGCCAAAGGCCUAAGAGAUAGUGAUGGCAAGACUAGAAGGAGUAUGAGAGAGGGAAAGCCAGUCAUCAGAACUCAGAGCGCCCCGCACAGGCGACCAGGCCACAGCAGGUAUGUUGUAAGGAGGCAGACCAGCACAGAGAACCUGCAGACCGCCGAUCAAGAUCAUGAGCAAGGCCAGCAGCAAGGCCAGAGCCAGGAGAUGGUGGAGAGUCACCUUCUGGAUAUCUCCCCACCACAAACUGUAGACAGUGUGAAGCCUCCACCAGCACCAGUUCCGUGGAUAAAAUACAUUCAUAACAAGGAGCCAAGGGAAAUGAAGGCUCAGCAUGAACAGCUUAACUUAAUGGAGAAGCAUGCACAAGAGCUGUCAGAGCUUCGUCUGGGGGUAGAGCAGGUAACAGAGAGGGAACUGGAGAUGGCAAAGCGGCUGGAGGACUUCAUCGUCCAGAGUCAAGACCAGAAUGCAAUGCUGCAGGCAGAGGUCAAUGAGCUACAGAAUCUGCUGACCCGAAGAGAGGAGCAAUUGGCCAGCACCUACUUCAGGUGAGACUGUGGACUCAAGAAAAAUGAAGAAAAAAAAAAACAAAAACAAACUAACACCCAUGUCUUAAGGGAAUUUCCACGUAAUGGCGAUAGAUGA